AAAGAAAAAGAAAGAGACCAAACCCAAAAAGAACAGAGUGGGUAGAGUGACGGAAGCAGAAACCAAACACAACUCAAUCGCGAAAUGUCGAAUUUGCCCCAAUCGCUGUCGAUGGGCGCGGCCUUCGGCGGAGGCGGCGCUCCGCCUCAGCCAUCGAGUGUCGGCGGCGGAGCACAGGGUUCCGGCGCUGGCAAGGAUCGGAAGAUGGCGUCGGCGGAGCAGCUCGUGCUGGAACUCAGCAACCCUGAGCUCCGUGAAAACGCGCUUCUCGAACUCUCCAAGAAGAGGGAGCUAUUUCAAGAUCUUGCUCCAUUGCUAUGGAAUUCUUUUGGUACAAUUGCUGCACUUUUGCAGGAAAUAGUUUCAAUAUACCCUGUUCUUUCACCACCAAAUCUUACUCCUGCACAAUCAAAUCGAGUGUGCAAUGCUCUUGCUCUUCUUCAGUGUGUAGCAUCUCACCCUGAUACAAGGAUGCUAUUCCUCAAUGCUCAUAUACCUUUAUAUCUGUAUCCCUUCCUUAAUACAACAAGCAAGUCAAGACCAUUUGAGUACUUGAGGCUUACCAGUCUUGGUGUAAUUGGUGCAUUGGUGAAGGUUGAUGAUACAGAAGUUAUAAGUUUCCUUCUUUCAACAGAGAUAAUUCCCCUGUGCCUGCGCACCAUGGAAAUGGGCAGUGAACUAUCCAAAACAGUUGCAACAUUUAUUGUUCAAAAAAUUCUGUUGGACGAUGUGGGCUUGGACUAUAUUUGUACUACAGCGGAGCGCUUUUUCGCAGUAGGUCGAGUUCUGGGGAACAUGGUGGCAGCUCUCGCUGAGCAACCCUCAUCUCGUCUAUUGAAGCAUAUCAUUCGAUGCUAUCUUCGCCUAUCAGAUAAUCCAAGGGCUUGUGAUGCAUUAAGAAGCUGUCUACCAGACAUGUUAAGAGAUGCUACUUUCAGCACUUGCCUUCGUGAAGACCCCACAACUAGGAGGUGGCUACAACAAUUGCUUCACAAUGUUGGAGGGAAUCGGGUUCCUGCACUACAAGCUGGAGGAGGUUUCGAUCAUAUGAUUGUGACCUGAGUAUAAACUAUGCUUCAUUGGUUUUUAUCACCCUUUUGGAGUCUGGUUAUAUCUAUGUUUCAUGGAGUUUGAUUGUUCAGAGGAAAAGGUUGUAAAUUAAUGGAGCAUGGAAUCCAAGUUAGAAGACAUUUUUUUUUAAUAUAUUUUAAUAAUUUAUAUGUAUCCCAGUAGGUGGUUCUUUAUACCCCUUCCCCCUUGUGCGGUUAAGCUUAUAUCUAGACAUUGAGGUGGGGGUUUUUACUCCUUAGUGAACUUUGAGUAGGUACAUUAAGAUGUCAAAUUUUCAAUCAAGUUAAAGGCAUUCUAGAAAGGUGGCAUUUUAUAAACGCAAUCCUUGUUCAAGGUUA